AACACCAUGGUGGGGCUAUGACCUCGUUGGAGCUGGCCACAAAGAUCGGGCUCCAUCCGUCUAAGCUUCCCCGCUUAAGACGACUCAUGUGUGUGCUCACCAUAUCAGGCAUAUUUGUUAUCCAUGAAGCAGCCUCGGCAGACAAGGAGGCUGUGUACGGGCUUACCCCAACCACAUGCCUCCUUGUUAGCGAUGAAGUUAAGUCAAACUUAUUUCCCAUUGUGAAUUUGAUGCUUGAUUCAACUAUCAUUACCUCUUUCUUUGGCAUGCACUCAUGGUUCCUAGAUGACAAUUCCGUGUCCAUGUUCAAAAAGGCUCAUGGUGUUACCUUUUGGGAGAUGGCUGACCAGGACGAUACCUACAACCAGCUAAUCAAUAAUGCAAUGGUUUAUGAUAGUAACUUUCUCAUGGAUAUCAUCUUGAGGGAGUGUGGUGAUGUAUUUCUUGGAAUAAACUCACUUAUUGAUGUUGCCGGAGGCCAUGGUGGAGCUGCCAGGGCAAUUACGGAGGCAUUCCCGCAAAUGAAAUGCACCGUGUUGGAUCUUCCCCACGUGGUUGCAAAUGCUCCUUCUGAUGACCAUGUGUCGUUUAUUUCUGGUGAUAUGUUCGAGUACAUUCCACCAACGAAUGCUCUUUUCCUGAAGUGGGUGUUUCAUGAUUGGGGCGAUGAAGACUGUGUCAAGAUAUUGAAGAAGUGCAAGGAAGCUAUCUCUCCCAGAGAUGCUGGCGGGAAAGUGAUAAUCAUAGAUAUGGUAGUUUGGUCUGGGCCAAAUGAUAUUGUUACAAGAGAGACACAGGUUUUCUUUGAUCUCCUUAUCAUGUUUGCUGAGGGAAUAGAGCGAGAGGAAUUUGAGUGAAAGAAGAUAUUCAUGGAAGCUGGGUUCAUCGAUUACAAAAUUAUAUCAGUGCUGGGUGUUAGAUCUGUUAUUGAGCUCUACCCUUGAACACAGUGAAUAACUACAGGGUAAUCUGCAUUGUAUGUUCAAAAACUGGCAUGAACAACAUGUGUGUUGUCUUCUCAUAUU